CUUACCUGGAACGGUUGCUACUAACGCUUUCUUCAGCUGUGAGGUGACGGACGGAGCCCAGUGACGCGGCUGGCCGCCAUCAUAUGCGUUACUGCGUGGUGUGCACUGUGUGUGAGGCAUGUUGUUCUGUGCUGUGAACUUGUAGCGGAGCAUGGAGGUGUUGAGGGACACUAACCUCCAGGAGGAAGAAGAGGAGGAUGAGGGAGGAGGAUGGGACAGCCGCUCAUCUUCUCACACUGACUGCAGCAGCUGCCCCAGUGACUUGGAGCCAGAAUGGUUGGAGAGAGUAGAGCAGAAUGGGGAACUGUUUUAUCUUGAGUUGAGUGAAGGAGAGGAAGAAGCACUUCUACCUCUAAAUCCUGCUGUAAACCAUGUUAGAUUUUGUGAAAAUGUAGCUGAAGUCAUUUCGGAAGAUGCCAAGAAGAACAAAAAUAAACCACGUUUUAAAAAACUUUCAAAAAUAUUGAGGAAUAAGCACCUUAGCAAGCAGGGAUCUUCUAGACAGCAUGGACCAGCGGGCCCCACGUCCAUCCUCAAGCACCAGCCCAGCCACAGAACUGGAAUGCUUAUUCAUCAGCAGUAUAAGGAUGUUUGCCUUUAUGUGAAUCCACACCGGUUACUUGACAGUGGACCUUAUGAGAAGUCCGGCCUGCUCCAGAGACUGAUAGGGAUCGUUCAUCAAUCUUCCAAGAACAGCAAGCGAUUGGAAAAGCAAGGUGGAUCUGACACAACACAUCGGUGGACUAGCUCUGAGAAGCUUGUUGUUCAUGGUUUUAUUCCGAAUAGUCCAUCUAUCCGCUGUGGCCAAAUCCUGAUCGGAGAUGCACUUGUUGCAGUUAAUGAUGUGGAAGUCACCUCAGAAAACAUAGAGAGGGUGCUGUCUUGUAUACCGGGGCCCAUGCAGGUGAAGCUGACAUUUGAAACUACUGUGUUUGAUGCUGAAAUUCCAUCUCAAAAUAUAAGUUAUGUGCCGCAGCCACCCAUGAGCAAUGUGACAAAGCUGAUCUGGGGUGAGGAACACACCAACUACCAACAACUCCUGCAGGACAUGCCUCACAUAGCAAUGUACCUGACACUCAGGCUGGACUCUGACACUCUGAAAGAAGAGCAGGAAAUUCUCUACCAGUAUCCUGUGUCUGAAGCCUCGCAGAAGCUGAAAGGUGUACGAGGAUUAUUUCUAACGCUAAGUGACAUGCUGCAAAACGUGACGGGAGCCUGUAUAGUUAGCACGUCUCUGAUUUUGAACAAGAAAUUGGUCCACGUUUCAUACUGGAAAGAGUCCGACCAUUUAUUCCUGAUUUCGCUUCCUGCAGACAGAAUUUCACUUCUACAUUUGAAGAACAUGACGGCUGAUGUAGUUAGGACAUUAAAGUUCAUGUACAAGUCCUUGGAUAGGGCCUUCUGUCAAGCAGAAAAUGUGUCUCGCCUUGAUCAUUUCUUUAGCCUCUUUUUCCAGCGCACAGUGAGGCUAUCCAUCUUACGUGCAAGCACAAGCCAGGGGACGGAGUUCUAUGACGCCAGUAGCUCGCAGUUAGCUGAUAACCUUCCGGGAGUACGAUGGCUGUCCUUGCCUGAAGAUAUCAAGACAGAGAUUGAUACAGUGCUGAGUGAUUUGGAGGCACUCGAUUUUGCAGAACUGUCUGAAGAUUACUAUGAGAUGAGACGCUUGUACAUGGUUCUAGGGACUUGCCUGUUUUACAAGGGUUAUCUGUUGGCUAAUCACUUGCCCACAGAAGAUCUGAUUGAUGUUGCCCUAUAUUGCCGACAUUAUUGUUUGCUAUCAUUGGCAUCAGAGCGGAUUGGACAGCUUGUGGUAUGGAGGGAGGUGUAUCCCUCUUAUCAUCUAGAACAGAAUGGAUCAAUGAGCAGGAAUGAAUUCCGUCAGCCUGAGGCACGGUACUUCCUUCUCAUCGUAGGCCUGAAACAUUUCAUGCUGUGCACACUACUAGAAGCUGGCGGCUGCUCUUCUAAAGCAGUUGGAAAUCCAGGGCCCGACUACAUAUAUGUCGAUCAACUGAAAGCUUGUCUUCUUCAGUUAGAAAUGCUGGACACAAGUAUAGAAGAAAGGCUGAAUACGUCUCCAAAUCCCUGCUUAUCAUGUGCUGAUUGGUUCCUUCCUUCUGCACGGGACAAGUUCCACAGUGUUGUCAGUUCUGUUAUGAUGAAUAAACUUCAGACUCCCAAGAAAGCCAGUCAGUCAUUAAGUAAGAAGAGCCCGCUUCCUGAUUCCCAGACUUCUCUAAGAACUCGUAGACCAAGUCCUACUCGGAGUAGUGGGGGAUCUGAUAAUGGCAGUGAAGGUUUAGGGGAAAACACUGGUGUUGGAUUCCACUCCACUCCAGACUUGACCCGAAAAUUUGGAAGGAGAGAAUCGCAAGGCUCAGGAGGCUCAGAAGGAAGCGGAGGGAAUGGGAGUGUUCUUAAGAUCAGCAAGAAAAAAUACACCCUUCCAAAUCCUUUUAAUAUGGGAAGCUUGAGAAGAAACCUUUCAGAGAGAGAAGCAGAAGAUCUAUAUAACACUGUGAAAUUAACAUCAGGGUCAGAGAAUACACUUUUUCAUUACAUAUACCUGGAAACUGUGCAGGGAGUCUUCAUCUCUCCAACACACAGAGAGGUGGAGGACCUCAGUGGCGCCAUUCACCCUCUGCUGAUAAAGAACUUCCAUCGCUGCUGCCUGUCCAUACGCUCUGUGUUUCAGCAAACUCUUAUGGAAGAGAGACAUGGCAAUACCAAGGCAGAUACGUGCAGGGACUUUACAGGGCUCGGUCCCGUUAAGGAACAUGGUGUCUUAUUUGAAUGUUCUCCUGAGAACUGGACUGACCAGAAGAAAUCACCUCCCAAAAUGUCUUACUGGGUAAUAGGGAGACUUUUCCUGCAGCCGCAGCCUCAGGAGUUGUAUGUCUGCUUUCACGACUCGGUGACAGAGGUUGCUGUGGAGCUGGCCUUCAAACUGUCCUUUGGGAUGCCACUGUAGUGCUGGCCACAAGCAGGACUUGUCCACUACAAUGUCUUCAACAGCACUUGAUGUAGUCCAUGCGGUCUGCCUUAUGCUUGCACUUGUGACCGAUUUUUACGGGUGUUUCCUGUGGUUUUACUGAAUUCUUUUUCUAGAUGACCUUUUGACACAUUGCUUCUUUUAAAGAAACAAUUUUUUAAAAAAAAAUUACUUUUUACUAUUUCUAUUGC